AUGGGAAACAACCAGUCCAUUUUCUUCCCGGACAACCCGAAACGUCGCGAUCGAGCUGAUCAGCUUGCGAACGAUUGCCAGAACUUCAAGUUCACCUUCGAUGCUAAACACGCCGAGGUCGAACAGAUCCUUGGCCCAUGUAAAGCCAAACUCGACAAUGUGCUUCGUGCAUUUGGCUGCACCGACUUGGACCAACUAGACCGCGUCGUACAGGAACGCGCCACCGGACAAGCCCUCGAUGAUUGGAACAAGACUAAAGGCAACUACGACAAGACACAAAUAGUCGAUCAGGUUAUCAUGGGGGCAAUGGGGACUGUGGCCAUUGCCGGGUUGGCUAUCAGCGCUGUUGGUGCCCUAGCCGGUGGUUUUGGGUUCUUCGUAGGAUUGGCCGUAACUUCUGAUAUCCUCCUUGCACUGGGAAUUAUUGGCGCAAUCUUCGACAUCGUCAACGGUGCCGUCCAAAGAUCUAAAUUACGAGAUGCAAUCGAUAGAUCUCGCCUCAAGGUCGGGCAGGUGCUCGUCCACAUCCAGAACUUGGCUCUAUGGCUACCCAGCAUUGUGGACAUCUACCAGACGUACGAAGAAGUUGGCUAUGAUCCUGACAAGAUAAUCGAGCGUUUCAGAACCAAGGGCCUCAUGAAGCCCCUUCAGAGCGAUCUUCAAGACGAGAAUUUCCAUAAGGUUGCGUCCGACCUCCACGACAUAGACAAUAACCGAGGCUCGUGGAUGAAUGAGGAUCCUAAUUGGCAGUCCCUUGCUGAUAGGCUCCAGUCCACUUCUGCGGUCAACGUGUCUGUCGUCAGCCUGUCCCUACGUAGCGCGUCAGCAUUCAUUGGUGCUGAAGCUCUCUCUGAUUCCCCGCCGCUCUACGACGCUUCGAUCAAGGUGAAGCUAUCUUCCGCCGCACCAGACCACAAUCCAGACUUGCCUAGCUUCACCCUACCGCUGGAACUCGUCCUACUUAGCUUCCCUGAUGACGAAUCUGCGGAAGUUCUCCUUCGCAUGGACUCAAGCCACUAUUUGAGCGUCGACAGGAACGGCAGGCUCGAAAGAGGCCUGAAUUCUCCAAGCGCACAAGUUACGCGCUGGAUAAUCCGACUUACCGAGCCUGGUGACUUCGAUCACGAGCCUUGGAAGCCAGGAUACGACCCCUCUUCCGUCCAGGCAGAGGUGAAUGUUACCAGCGAAUCAAACGGCUACCGCUGGCAUUUAGAUGCGAAUGGCGAGAUUUUAUCCGAUUCGCAUGGACUUGAGGCUUUGUACCUUCGCUAUGCUUGA